AUGGAAAACAAGUGUGAUGGCAAUGCCAAUGUGAAGGUUGCUUGGUUUGGUGCUUCUAAGGAUGAGAUUAGAAAGAUAAUUUCUCAUGGUUUUGGUUAUUGUGGGAAAUCUGAGCCUGCUAAGAGCAAUGAAUUGUUUGGCUGUGGCAUUUAUCUCCAUCCUAAGGAUUUUUCUUUGAAAAGUGUGAAAUCUUCCACUGUUGACGAGGAUGGUUUGAGGCAUGUAUUGCUUUGUCGCACUAUCUUGGGGAAGACGGAGGUUAUCCAUCCGGGGUCUGAACAGUGUCAUCCGAGUUCUGAAGAGUUUGAUUCUGGUGUUGACAAUCUUUCAGCUCCUAAAAAGUACAUUGUGUGGAGUACCCACAUGAAUACUCAUAUUUUGCCAGAAUAUGUCGUAAGUUACAAAGCUCCUUCUUGUCUAACAAACUUAGAAGGGUGUCCGAUUGGUGCUCUAUUGUAUGGGCUUCAGAAGUUAUUACCUCCUCAUACCAUGAGUUUGAUCUUCAAGUAUUGCAAUGAUCAUCUAGAAAAGAAGAUCUCACUGCAUGAAUUGGUGCAGCAAAUGGUUAACUUAGCAGGAAAAAAGUUGUUGCUUGAUCUCGCAAAAUCAUACAUUGCCUGGAGAACAAUUGGUAUGACUUACUCCGGUGAUAUACAUGCUUCUAUUAGACAAUGGUGCGUGAAAUUGGAUCUAUGUUGCUUAAUGAAUCUCAAACAUAGACUUGAAGAUUCAGUGAGGAAGGAGAUGGAAGGGUGGUCGGUCAUAUGA